AUGGGCAAACGUGACUCCGGUGAUAAGCAGCGGAACGUGACUGCCCCCUCCCCCCUCCAUCUUGUCCCUCAGACUGCCGACUUCGCUAAGUGGGACAGAGAGCGCAACAGCUGGCGUCCCGCCUCCACGUUUUAUUAUAAAGCGGGCAGCGAGUGUCAGGCACCGGCAGCCCUGGGACAGAAGCGCGUCGACGACGGCUCGCGCGAUCUCGACUUUCUCGUUCACUUUCGCUCAAUUCACACGUUCACGAAAAUGAUCGCACGUCGCCGGAAAACGGCGGCUUUCACCGUUGCGCAAGCGCUGCCACUUCCCGUUCCCCCCUACUGCCCGCCCUCCCUCUCCACCCCCCUCUCCACAGCCCCGUGCAGAAGUCUUUAUGAUUGGCGCUAUUACGUGAAGCUGUACAUAGUCCCCAGGGCUACGACCUGGGGACUAUGUACAGCUUCACCGUUAAUCAAUUGCGAAGCUUAUGACGGAGCUGAGACAAUACUAGGCUUGGCAGAACAUUGGUUGAAAAUUCACGGGGUCAGCCGAUCGCCGCCCACGAAAGUCCGGGCCGAGAGCGAUUCGGGCUUCACUUUCUACCAUCCACUCGGAAAAUCGUUCACCGCGGCACAUACAGCCGGUCACGUGCGCGGUGCGAGCCGACAAGCCAGUUUAAUUAACGGGUACUGCAACACAAAGCCACCGUGCUAUUGCGCGCGGCCGACUCUUGAUUGGCUUUGCAUAGUGUCGCGAUGCCGUCACCGCCGCGACUUUCUCCCGCGCGAUGAAAGUGAACGCGGAAGCGAUCCCAGCAAAGCCGCCCAGAUGUGGGCCGUGGGCCUCGCAUUCGUGGGUACCUCCGUGGGAUUCCCCGUGGACGGCCCGUGCCGCGCGAACACCAUUAUUUCCAGUUUGUACUCGGGAGACAAAGCGGCCAGUGUGAAGCCGAGAGGCAAAGGCGUCGGCCCCACCGGGAAGCCCCAGGGUUCCAGUCGGCGGCUGCGCAAUCGAGCGGGUGUGGCGUGCGUCGCCCGCGCGGAACGUCGAACGAAAGCGUGGCAGCGCGCGCAACAGAGCCCCCUAGUUCUGGUUUGUCUGUGGGGAGUGGUGCCUUGGUUGGGUACCUGGCCCGGCGCGCCGUUGUCGUGUGUGGGCGGAACGGGCGGACCGCGGGCUUGCAGUGACCCGGCACACGCUAUUGUUGUUGCAGGCAAGUCGGUGAAUAGCAAGGACACGCUAGAAGAUAAGAAAGAUGACAACGAGCUGUGGGAGGCGCAAGCCGCCUUUCUGGGGCCCAACCUCUGGGACAAGACGCUGCCCUACGACCCCGAUCUCAAGGUACAAGAAUACGUGGACCUAGACGAGUUCCUGUCGGAGAAUGGCAUGCCGGGCGAGGGUUUGGGGGGGCCCCACCUCGGCGGCUCGGCCUUCGGGCCGGGCGCCGGGCUGGCUCUGGGCCUGCAGCCGCCGGUCACCAAGCGCGAGCGCUCACCCUCGCCCUCCGAGUGCAUGAGCCCAGACACCAUCAACCCGCCGCUCUCGCCCGCGGACUCAACAUUCUCAAUGGCGUCAUCUGGUCGCGACUUCGAUCCCCGUACGCGCGCUUUCUCCGACGAGGAGCUGAAGCCCCAGCCCAUGAUCAAGAAGUCCCGGAAACAGUUCGUGCCCGAUGACCUGAAAGACGACAAGUACUGGGCGCGCCGGCGAAAGAACAACAUGGCCGCCAAGCGCUCGCGCGACGCGCGCCGCAUGAAGGAGAACCAGAUCGCCCUGCGCGCGGGCUAUCUCGAGAAGGAGAAUAUGGGGCUGCGGCAGGAAGUUGAGCUGCUGAAGAAGGAGAACCAUAUCCUCCGCGAGAAGCUGUCUAACACAAACACGCCACACGAUAAGUCGCGGGCGACGCCGCUACCGGUUUCGGCCGUCUCAAUCCGACGGCGGCUGUUCAAGUUCCCGCGCGAUUGCGAGUGGCGAACUAGCUCCCACGUCAACGUAGUUGUUAAUAGGUCCCGCACACCGCGCUCUGGGCAAUGCAGCCCGCGUGCCGGCUCCCCCCCCCCCCCCCGCCCCUCCCCCUCCGCCUCCCCGUCCCCGGAACGACUCCAGUGCAACGGCGUGCCGUCCGCGUGUCCGGGGCCGGCGGCCGGCCGGUGCCCCGCUCUGGCCCGCUUCUUAGGAACGCUCCAUACGAGAUUAGCCCGCGAGGCGUCCGGGGAUCGAGGCCCAGAGGACGACGAAUCCCCGGACGCCCCGCCCUCGCUCCCUUCCCCUCCCCUCGCCUCUCCCCCGUCGUCUACG